AUGAGCAGGCAUCUUUUGGGAUUUCUCUACCCAAUUUCUCGGUUGAUCAGCUAUUCUGUGUUUGAGGAGGAACAGAAGAUAAGAGAAGGUCUUUAUAUGAUGGGGCUGGAAGAUGGGAUAUUCCAUCUCUCAUGGUUUAUUGCAUAUGAUUUGCAGGUUGGUUCUUUGUUCUUUUGUAUUUUUAUUCUUAGUACACAGUUGUCCAACCAAGAUUUCCCCAUCUAUCUGCUCGAUUUGACUUCACAUGUGGUUGGCGAGUUUCCCUAUUUCCAGUUGCCUUUAGAUGUUCGCGUGUACCUGUACUUAAUACAUGUGUUCGACAAUGAUUUCCUUAGCCACCUGCCCAAUUUCAAUGCACAAGUGGUUGGCCAGUUUCUCCGUUCCCAAGUCCCUUUAGAUAUUCGUGUGUACUUGUACUUAAUACACGUGUCCGACAAUGAUUUCCUAAGCCACCUGCCCGAUUUGAUUGCACAAGUGGUUGGCCAGUUCCCCGUUCCUAGUUGCCUUUAA